AUGCGGCGAAACAGCAUCGAGCCUCCACGCAAGCAGAAAGCCGCCAGGCAAGCUCAUGGUAGCACGAUGGGCUCUCAUAGGCAGGCAGCGACCUCGCUGGAGGACCGCACCUACCUCUCCCUGCUCUUGGGCAGCGACCCCUGCUCGGAGAUCGUUCCCGCUCCUCCCCUCUGCCCCUCCAUGCCUAAAAGGGCCGGCCGCAAGCGUUCUCGCCAUCAGGGACGACCCCGGAAGGAGACAUCGGAGGAGCUGCUGAAGCCGUACCAGCUGGGCUACUUCACUGGGCCGGCGGAACCCAGCCCUACCUACCAUCCCGAAUCCCUUGGACAAUACUCCCCUGUUCCCUACUCCCCAGGGCACUCGCCCUCUGCUCAAUUCCUGUUCCCUCAUUCCCCUACCCCAGUCUCACCCACCGGCUCUCCCGCUCCUCCCCUCAUCCCCAUCGAAGUUCCUCCUCUCCCCGACCGCCGCCCCCCGAAGCCCUAUACGGCCGGUGACAGCCCUCGGGACCCGCGGCCGCAGCCCAUCUCGGCCAGACUUGCUGCACGGCUGCAAGAGCUCUUCGGCCCAGAUGCCUGA